AUGGAAGAAGCAACAUCAUCACCAAUGGUAGAUUUAUUCUCCUCUCAAAAUUAUUUCACUGUCGGAUUGAGUGUGAUCAUUGUUUUGAUUACUAUUCUCUAUAUUAAAUUAAUACCAAAGAAACCAGCAAAAUCUCCGCCAAUGGAAGGUAGAUUUUUGUGGCCAUUCAUGGGAGUAGGAAAGAGAUUCGGAACAGAGCCAGUUAAAUUAUUGAAUGAAUGCAAGAAAAAGUAUGGUGAUGUAUUUACUCUUCAUGUUGCUGGUAAAUGUUUCACAUUCUUGACAGAUGCUGAAUUGUUUCAAUAUUUUUUUAAUCCUGCAAAGGGUAAUUCGAUUCGUGUUAAAAAUAAGAAACCAAGUGGUGAAGAACAUAAAUUGGCUAUUAGUUUCGAUCAUGCUGUAUUGGAAUUUAUUAGUAGAGUAUUUGGAAUUCCAGUUAAUGAUUUCAUGUCUCAACACAUUACCAUGGUUAAUACUAUGAGAGCUAAAUUGAGUCCAAGCACAACUCUUCCAUUCUAUACCAAAGAAAUUGCAUCAAAUUUAAUGGAUGUUUUUGAAAAGACAACUGAAAAUAAUACAAAUGUCAUGGGUUAUGUUUGGGAUCCAAAGGGAACUGAUGAUCUUUUCAAAGCCAUUACUGAAACACUUUUUUGGAGUACUGUUAAGUCAUUGUAUGAUAAGAAGGCAUUCAUUUCAAAUGAACAAGAUGCUUGUAAAUCAUUUCAAACCAUUGAUUCACAAUUUGAAAUUAGAGCCAGUGGUUAUGUUCCAGAAUCAUGGAUGAAGACAUUCAAGGGAUCUAAGGACUUUUUAUUGAAGAUGAUUUCAUCACUAUCAACCAAUAUGGAUGAUACCACUCCUGAUAAUGAAAAGAGAAUGUUCCAAUUGCUUAGGGAAGCUCUCAAGGAUGUUGUUGAGGAUCAAUCAACCAUUGACCACUUUGGUUUGGCUAUGCUUUGGGCCUCCCAAGCCAAUUCUCUUCCAUCAUCUUUGUGGACUAUUUGUUACGUUUGUAAGGAACCUGCAAUUUAUGAAAACCUUCAAAAGGAAGUUGAUGAAGUUUUUGCCAAUCAUUUGGAAAAUCCACGUGAUUUAACAUUUGAAAAGUUGAAUUUAUUCCCAUAUGUUAAAGCUUGUAUUUAUGAAGCUAUUAGAAUUAUUCCACCAGGAAUGUUAAUUAGAAAGGUCAUGCAUCCAAUUAAACUUCCAGAUAGAGACAUUAUCAUUCCAGAAGGACACAAUCUCUGUAUUUCUCCAUUCAUUACUCAUUUGGAUGAUUGUUAUUAUGAUGAACCUCUCAAAUAUAGACCUGAAAGAUGGUUAGAAAGUGGUGAAAAUAGUUUGAGUGAUAGAAGUAAGCAAUUUAUUGCUUGGGGAAGAGGUCCACAUGAAUGCCCAGGUAAAGCCUUCAGUAUUGUAGAAAUGGUUACAUUCAUUGCUCUAUUCUUCUACAAAUUUAGAAAUGUAAAAAUCAAUGGUGAAAUUCCAUCUCCUGCUCUUCACCGUUUAAUUGGUGUUCCUCAUCCAAGUCAACCAAUUUCAAUUUCAUUUGAGAAGAGAAAUUAAAUUAUGUAAUACUAAAUAAUUCGAAUAUAAUUUUGAUUGU